CGAAGAAGUCGCUGCCAUUGCCUUAGGAAGCUACCAAGCACAUACCAAAACGUCAGCGAGAACUUUAUUCAUCACGGCUUAUUCCAAAGUGUAUGCAGAGAAACAAGGAAUAAAUCACAGAUUUUAAUUUAGGUUUGGUAGCAACCAAUGGAUGUUCUACGCCCACCGCUUAUCAACAUAAACGGCAGAAUAUAUCGAAGAAACAUAGUUAAAGAAGAACACUAUGAAGAAGAAGAAGAUUUCUCGUACAUGGGGCCAUCUGAGAGUGAAGCACUGGAAGAGGAUGAAACCUGUGACAGCCACUUCAUUGAACAAACCGAUAAGGGAUACCGCUGUGCCAUUGAUGUCCCAAGUGUUCUUUACAAAUAUAUCAUUGGGAAAAAAGGAGAAACUCGAAGACGUCUUGAGUUUGACACCAAAGCCUCAAUCAGCAUCCCGAAACAAGGAAUAGAAGGACAAAUCGUUAUCACUGCUGCCCAAAAAGCUGCAGUUUCCUCUGCGGUCACUCGAGUAGAAGUCCUUGUGGAGAGUUUCCGAAAGAAACAGCCCUUCACUCACUUUCUGUCUUUGCCUUUGAAUGACUCCAAAGUUCAAGAAGGAUUCCAGACAUUUAAAGAUGAGGUGUUGCGACAGUGUUCACAGGAUCAUGGAGUGGACGAAAGCAUCUUUCAAAACCCUGCAAAGCUUCAUUUGACAAUUGGCACUCUGGCUCUGUUAAAUGACACAGAAGUGAGAAAAGCAUGUGCACACCUCCAAGAAUGCCAAAGUUUUAUCAGGGACAUCACUGAAGGAAAGGCUCUGCUGUUGGAAGUGACGGGUAUAGAGUACAUGAAUGAUGAUCCAGCCAUGGUGGACGUCUUAUAUGCCAAAGUCAGUGUUAAAGAUGGAUGUGACAGGUUGCAGAUGAUUGCAGACCGGCUGGUGGAGCAUUUUGUCUCUGUGGGGCUGAUGGUCAGGGAGUGGGACAGAGUGAAGCUGCAUGGUACUGUCAUGAACACACUGUUCAGAAAGGACACCACAGCUGAGAACAGGGGUGGAGCAGGAAAACCAUCCACAAGUGAAAGAGAGGCUUUUGAUGCCAGGAGCAUAUUAAAGAAAUUUGGUAAUUACGGUUUUGGAGAGUUUGAGCUGAAUACUGUCCAGCUGUCACAGAGGUACUCAACAGACUGUACCGGAUACUACUCAUCUGCUGGGAGCAUAAGCUUCUCGUGACCUUUAUCCCAGCUGAGGCGUAAUAUUCUGAGGCCUUUGCUGGACACAGCAGGACAGAAAAUGAUGAUGAGCAAGUCCCAACAGAUCCAAGCAACAAAUGAAAACAUGCAGCCAAACCGUUUGCUUCCCUGCAUUGCAUUCCCUUCUGUAAUCAUCUGCUGUUUACCAAGAAUUCUUGAAGACAUCCUCAGAGCUCUUUCAUUGUGUGACAAUAUGAGCGGCUGUGAUAAGCUGCGCAGCUCAUCAGGACUCUUUAGACUCAUAUGUGUUGUUUACAUUUGUAAUACGACGGGAAUAUUUCCAGAUAAGAAAGCCUUCAAAUUGUGCUGCGUACCGCCUUGUCUGAUGUUAAUAAAAAAAAAUAUUUUCCCUGCUUCUGUGAAAACUCAAUAAGGUGGACUGGGUUUAUUAAUGUGCAUGAGUUUGGGGAGAUGAACUGGCAUCAAGUCAAUCUCUUUAUUCUUGGAGUCUGACAAACAUGACUCCUAUCUGCAGAUGUAAACCAUGCAGUGCUUUCAUGACUAAAAUAAAAAGCAGCUGCAGUUCCUGUUUU